AUGGCGGCGUACUGCAACAAAGUCCACAAGAUCGAAGACAAGUUCGACAGACUAGAGCUCAACCACGUCGCAAGGCAUUUCAACAAGGUAGCUGACGAACUGGCGAAGACGGCAUCCGGCCGAAAGCCCAUCCCUGACGGCGUCUUCAUCAGCGACCAAUACAUGCCCUCAAUCCGUUACAAGGAGCCAGGAAGGGUCGGCGAUGCACCACCUGCCCCAGACUCGGGCGCCGACCCGGGAGAGGUCGGCAACGCACCACCUGUCCCGGACUCGGGCGCCAACCUUGGAAAGGUCGGCGAUUCUCCAUCUAGCCUGGACCCGGAGGCUGAUCCCUCCAACCCCGAAGUCAUGGAGAUUGACGCAAACCUGGUAGAGGGGCCCGACCCCAUGCCUGACUGGAGAGCCCCGUACCUCAACUACCUCAUCCGCGAGAUGCUCCAGAUGAACAAGACGGAGGCACUCCAGACCGUCCCCAUCACGUGGCCAUUCGCAGUCUGGGGAUUGGACCUCGUCGAACCCUUCAAGAAGGCACCUGGGGGCCUCACCCUUUUGCUUGUCGCCGUUGACAAGUUCUCAAAGUGGAUCGAGGCGCGGCCCGUCGCGCAGAUCAAAUCCAAGAAGGCGGUACAAUUCUUCAUUGACAUCAUCCAUCACUUUGGAGUACCCAACUCCAUCAUCACGGACAACGGCACGCAGUUCACCAGGAACAAGUUCCUCAAGUUCUGCGACAACCACCAUAUCCAAGCGGACUGGUCGGCUGUGGUGCAUCACCGCACAAACGGGUAG